AUGCUCCAUUCAAAUCUAGAGCCGCCUAGGAAAGCGGCCUCAGUUUCUCGAGGUAGCAGUGGUGCGGACAACAAAAAAGCUUUAUGCGAUCUACCUCAGGAGCUAUUGCUGGAUCUUGCAGAGUUAUUGCCAAUUCAGGACCUUUACAACUUUGCACAGACAUGCAAACGCAUCGAGGUUGCCCUUCGCGAGUACCUCUACCAGCAACAAGGCGAACGCCUGCUACGUUGGGCAGCCUCUGCCGGCAGGCGAGUUCCAGCUCAAAGAGCUAUUCUAUAUAAGCAAAACAUCGACGUCAAUUUCAUCCAAUUUGAUCAGACGGCGUUGGCACAAGCCAUCGCAAAGCACAAGUGUUAUUAUGGCGACUUCGCUAGCAUCACAAAGCUCCUCCUGGAGCAGGACUGCAUAGAUUUGACUGAUACAACGAAUGGCAUACCCAUGCUCGAAUCGGCGCUUGAAAACGGUGCUCAUCCCGUCGUUGACCGGCUCCUCAAAGAGGGCCGGGGCAAGAUCAAUCACAUCUUGGACAAUGGCCAGACACCGCUCAUGACUGCUGCGUGUAAUGGCCACAAAGAUGUUGUCGACUUGCUCAUUCAACGGGGAGCGGACGUGAACCAGCGGACCAGCUCGAGCGAUGGCCCUAUCGGUUCUCGGCGGACGGCAUUAGCGCUCGUCAUUCAAAAGCACAGGCCUCGCAACGUAGGCAUCCUCCGGCAACAGGAUGACGAUCUCGUGAGCGUUGCAAAGCUUCUCUUGGAGCAGGAAGGCAUAGACUUGACUGAUGAAACGAAUGGCAUACCUAUGCUCGAAACGGCGAUAGGAAAGGGCGUCGUUGCCGUUGUCGACCAGCUCCUCGAAGAGCGCCAGGUCAACCGUGGAGCCGCGAUUUUGACAUUCUUAGAACACGGCAAGGUCAGUCCGUUCUAA